UUAACCUUUGAUGUAGCCUUUUCCCUUGUAACAAUUCCUUUUUAAAAAGUUUUUCUGAGUUAUAUGUAGUUUCAAAUUUGUAAGUUAACUUCUUUACCUCUGCUGUAAUUCUUUUGUCUUUGUUACUUUUUCAGAAGUUUCAACAAUUAACAGUAAUCUUUUGACAAUAUUAAAACAGUAAUCAUGAACACCAAAGACUUUGUAGUUCUUCCAUGGGGAAAACCUGGACAUUCAGUAAAGCUAAAAUAUAAAAAUGCUCGAGAACUGAGAAUGGAGAAAGUACAGCUGGAGUUGCAGAACCAAGAGAUGGAAAAGAAAUUACAAGAGUUCCAAUCAACAAAGAGGAAAGACAAGGAAGAAAGAGAGUCAAGUGGAUAUUACUGGAAAUCUGGGAAAGUGGGCAAAUUGAACACUCAAUCACAUAAAAUGUCACAAAAUAAAGGAAAUGUUAUCAAGGCACUUCCUCCUGGAAAAUUGAAGUUAAAAUUACUGAAGGAACAGCUUCAAGAAUCAGGAAGACCACUUAAUUAUAAAAUGGCAAAUUCUUCUGAAAGUGAAAAACCCAAAAUAAAAGGGAAGCCCUGUGGACAGUGUGAGAACAAAGCCGCUCUGCUGGUAUGUCUUGAAUGUGGAGAAGAUUAUUGUUCAGGGUGCUUUGCUAAAAUUCACCAGAAGGGAGCACUGAAGCUCCAUAGAACAACUCUUUUGCAGGCAAAAUCUCAAAUAUUAACCAAUGUAUUGGAUGUUGCCCAUCAGUUUAUAAAGGAAAUUAAUCCCAAUGAACCCAAAAGAGAAAAUCAUUCUACAAAAGAGGCCAGUAAAAUCCAGCAUAAACCUCAAUCACCUCUUCUGCAGGGGAGUAUCUCUGAGAUGGACGUUUCAAUAACACAAAAAGGAGAACGUACAAACCCAAGAGAUAGGCCCCUGCGUGAAGGGUCAUUCGACGAAGAAGCUUCUGCCCAGUCCUUUCAGGGAGGUUUAAAGGAAUGGAGAACUGGACAUCAUUCUAAAAAUGAGAAGCAGAACUCACCUGCAGCAAAACCAGACUCUUUGGAAGAAUGUGAAGUACAAACCAAUUUGAAAAUUUGGAGAGAACCACUUAACAUUGAAUUUAAAGAAGAUAGUAUAUCCUACAUGGAAAAAUUAUGGCUUAAAAAACACAGAAGAACUCCACUGGAGCAACUUCAAAACAUGCUGCCAGACACGUUCAUACGUCAGUGUACAACCGCUGCUGAGACACAGCCUUCUCAGACUGAGAGCGGUGAAGACAGUGGUGCCGAGGAGAGCACAGUACAGUACCCGGUACUGUUUAUGCCGGUAGAAGAGGUCAGAGUACCGAGGCCCCAAACAGCUGUAAAAAUAGUCGAACUGGAUGACACCUACGAAGAAGAAUUGGAAGAACAAGGAAACAUCGUCCCUUACAAAGUUGAAUUAGCUGUCGCAGACAGUCGACAAAGUUGCAGAUGUCAUGAUUAUCAGAAUGCUUUUCUGUACGAGAAGAACAUCCUUCAGCAUCAUGUUUUCACAAAGGGGAAAACAGACUUCUUACAUCUUUGUCUAAGCAACAGCUCUUAUUGUGAAGAUAGCUCUAGAGCAGGAACUUCAAAUACAAAAUUAGAUAAAGAUGUCGACCCUGAUAUUUAUUCUCCUGCUGUUGAAAAAUUAGGGGAAAACCCCUGCUUUAAAAGAGAUUUCAAAGAGAAAAGUAUAAAAGAUAUGGAAAGUAAUGAGAAGUUGGAUAAUUCCUGCAUGUCAUUCGAGAGCAAGGAUUCUUUGCCGAGUGUAGAUUUAGAAACACCUUCCAUUAAGGAGAAAUUACCACAAGAUGUGGAAUCAUUGGAAUUUAGCAAUCUUCCUGAGAGGCCAGACUGUGAAGAUCCAAAAACGAUGGAGUCACCACUGUCAUUACAAGAAAUAGCCUGCAGAAGUAAGCCUAUAACUGAACAGUAUCAAGGACUUGAAAGAUUCUUUGUUUCUGACAAAAAUGAAAGACUAGACUCACUUCCUUCUCAUAACUUAGAACGUGGCUAUUCCAGUAUCAGAACUACAAUUGCAGGAGACAGAGACUGGAUCCCAGAGCACAGUGUGAGCACUCGUGCUGACAGCGCAGUUGCCCUGGGUGUGGUGCGGAGUGCCCAGAGCUCUCCGAUGGGCGGAGCCCGGCAGAGGAUGGGCCAGACAUCACAGAGACCUUCAACAGCAAAUUUACCACGUUCUAACUCUGUGAAAAGAAGCUCCAGCUGUCUUUCCGUCUUCUCUCAUCCUCCACCAAGAAGCGCCCCUGUUCAAUCACUGUCUAGAGCUACUUCUGAAGUGUCAGAAAUGAAACAUAUUCGUAUUACUGAUCAUAGUGAGCCUUUCUUAGACAGCCUGGAAAAGGAAUCAAAUGUGCUGAAAAAUCUUGCAGAUCCUUCAGAAGAACUUUACAGCCUAACCGCAGAAGAUUCACCAGCCUCCAACUACAAUUCGCUUCAUACGAGUCAGCCUGCCCUAGAUUUCUUUAAGACCUCACAUGCGAUGGGCCCCCGUGGAAUAGAGGAACCGAGCUCUUCUGAGAAAGAUACUGAAAUUCAGUCUUUCCUGACACUUUCUGAGAGCAGCACAGACAAAGAGGAAGAGGAAUUUCUUGACAAGCAACUUGUCAUCACACCACCGUGGCCAAAGAGUACCUCAGGAUCAUCUGUUCAUUGCUUUUUACUUUUCACCCAAAGUAAAUGGGAAAAAGUUAACAGCCAAUAAAAGUAACCAAGUGAUUACUCUUCUAGGUGCUGAAGAUGUUCACUAUUAUUAAUGUCUGAUAUUUUAACAUUUACAGACUAAUAAAAAUUAGUAAAAUUAUAGCUUUAAGGACUUUUUCUUCCAAAUGACAUGACAUAUCAAAUAAUCUAUAUUGCAAAUCAUAUUAGUAAAAUUUGGUGAUUAAAAAAUAACAGUUAUAGCUAUGUCUAUAGAACCUACCAUAGACUAUGGCAUUAUCACAUUUAAAGUUAUGUUUAAUUGUCAAACUAUAGUUUAAAUAAUUAUGUCAUCAUUAAGAGUGUACAUUGAUGGCCAAGCCAUACUUGGCAGUAUCACUAAUUGUGCCUGGAAUGCAUUUUUUUUACUUUGGUAAUUAUAGGUUUUUUUUUUGUUUUUCUAGUGUUUUGACAAUUAUAGAAGUUCUUAUAGCUUCAAAAGUUUCUGCUAGAAAAAGGACUCAAAAGGACUCAUGGACAUGUUCAAUGUGCCCACCCAGUGUGGUGAUUACUGGGUGGGAGGGAGGUGUAAGGGGACUAAAUGGUAAUCAAAAAAAAUAAAAUAAAAAACAAAAAUAAAUAUUAAAUAAAAGUUUCUGCUAGAAAACAAAAGAGGAUCCAACAUAAAGUGGAUAUAAUACUUAACCUCUGUUUUGAUAAAACACAGAAAAGAUCCCCAAAGCACCUUAUUUUAGGAGGGCCAGUGUGAUGGUUAAUUUUAUGUGUCAACUUGGCUAGGCAACAGGACCCAGAUAUUUGGUCGAACAUUAUUCUAGCUGUCUCUGCAAAGGUAUUUUUAGAUAAUAUUAACAUUUAAGUCAGUAGACUUUUAGUAAAGCAGAUUACCCCCCAUAAUGUGAGUGAGUCUCACCCAGUCAAUUUAAAGGCCUUAAGAGAAGAAAGACAGAGGUCCACUGAGGAGGAGGGAAUUCCGCCCUCAGACUUCCUCCAGACUCAAGUUGCAGCAUCACCUCUUUCCUGAGUCUCCAGGCUGCCAGCCACCCCCCCAGCUUUUGGAUUUGCUAGCCUCCACAGUUGGUUCUGUUUUUCUGGAGAACAUUAACUAUUACAGUCACUUUGAAGGACUGUUGUGAUAACCAAAGAAAAUAGUAGAUAUGGAAGUUAUUUUACUAGUCUCGGGUAGUAGUGGAUACUUGGGUUGGUGGGUGUUCAAGGUCUUAUAGGAUCUUAUAAUUCAGGGUCUUAAGAGCAGAAGAAGAUAUGGAGAGAGAGAGAGAGAGAGUUUUAUAGACUUUUUAAGACAGCUUCCCCUUAAGGAGUUUGUGGGCUUAGAAAAACAUCCCUGCAGGUUGGUUGUGCUAUCACUGCUGCAUAGUCAUAUCUCGGCGUUCAAACUUCUUUCUUCUCUGUGAUUCUGAUAGUAAUGCCUUAUGCAAGACUGAUGAUUGUUUGUGUAAAUUCAUCUUGGCUAGGGUUUUCCCUGGCAUCAAUAAAUUGUACUGACAUUCACACACAUCAUCUACUGACAAGAUAGAAAAUGAUGAGGAAGAGACCUAUAGUCGUUUCUAUGUCUUUUAACCAAAAUAUGUCCUUUAUUAAACUUGAUUAACAUAAAUAAACAAGUAGCAAUCAUCAGAAUCAAUCACAUUACCAGAAUAAAAAUUUUCUAAAGGAAUAUCUUAAAAUCAAGUAUGUGACUUCCCAGUAAUUUUCACUGUCCUCUGAACACUUCCCCUAUUGCCAUCCCACAGAAGAACAGCACGAGUCACUCUUGAAUCUUCAUCAUUUGUCUCAGAAGCCCUGCUGGCAUCUUGUCUUGUGGCUGCUAGCUUUCUGAAUUUCAGUAUCUGUACUUAAAAUAGGGAUUGUGUGUUCAAAUACGGUAGUUUUUUUUUUUCCUGCAUAUUUGUUCAGGUUUAACUUUUCUUGACUUUCCCUACACUCCUUUGCUCUGAGACAACAUCAACCUUGUACUUCUGAGGAAGACCUUUGUUCCACUGAAGGAAAUAUAUAACUCCAGUGUCUCUCAAAGUGAGAGGAGGUGUUGUUCUAUUCUCAUGAGGAAUGUAGGAUCACUAGUACUCUCUGUGUUUUCAGUCAUAGCUUGAGUCUUCUGUGAACUAGCCCAGAAAGAAAUUUUGUAAAAUGCCUUUUACAACAUAAGAAUUCUGAAAUAAAAAUUUAAGUGAAUAGAUAAUUCGUUGUCAUCAGUGCAUUUCUGGCCAGAAUUUGAGGAAGAGCAUACCAUUGACUUUGUCAUUUGACUUUCAAUAUGGCAUUGGAGUUAAAUAGGAGAACCCUCUGUGACGAGCAGAGCAGACCCCCUUCUGCCUUUAUUUGCUUCCCAUAACCACACAUUUAGAAAAGUUCCUUAAUUCCUUUGCCAUUAGGCUAAUGAGGAAAUAAAACUAAAUAAGAUUAGAGCCUUUGCCUGAAGCAGCUGCAAUGUGUUCUCUCAUUUUGAAGCUCAAGCUUAAAAUUGCUGUUUAAGGCAAGCAUCUACUUCUGACUGUUGAAUUGAAUUAUAGACAUCCAGAAAAAUCAGAGCCAUAUUCCUAAUGCUGGAGUUAGUAUGGUGUGCCUCUCACAACUAGAAUCCAAACGAUCACGUGAUGUUAUAUGCAUGUCGGGAUUUAGUAGUUUAUAUUUAGACUUGCCUGCUGGGGUAAUAACUGAUGAAAUUCUGUACUUUUACAGGUCUGGACAUACACACGAUGCAAACAAAUUGACAUUAAAUUAUGUUUGAUAGUUUUAUUCUGUUGUUGUCAUUUGUUGAAGUCCUUUACCUCUAGUGCACUCCAAGUGGGUCACACAACACCAAGCCAGGGGUACACUACUCUUAAGACCACUUAAUGUUGUUUAUAACUCUGUGAUGGUCAGAAAACCUUUUUCCUUUUUUUUUUAACAACGAAUAUUACAAAAUGGCUUCAUCUCUGUAAUAGGGCACUUAAGUAUUUUGAAUAAUGCCUUGAUUUAUUUAAAAAAAAAAACUUCUCUUUGUCCUCGUGAUUUAAUUGUUAGAAAGAUCUUGAGCAACACUUACACACUUAUCUUGUUUUUGGCCACAUGCUAUUUCUUUAAGGUCUCAAAAUGUAUCUGCUCAAUGAGACUUUCUCUAAUUUCUGUCUAAAUUAAUUCCUCUCCUUCCUUUUGCUUUAUUUUUUUCAUGGCAUCCUACUUUUUCCUUCAUAGCACCUAUAAUUAUUUGUCUGUAUUUUGAAUGUAUGUCUUCCAAUUAGACUACACAUUUCAAUGGAGCAUUGAUUAUGUCUAUUUUGUUCAUUACUAUACACUUAGACUUUUAGCAUAUGCUUAGCUUAGACUGGGUUGUCAUUAGUAAUGAAUAAAUGAAUGAUGAAUGACGAAUUCAUGAAUGAAUGGAUGAAGCAGGAUGCAACUGAUAAGUGAUCUCCAUCCUUAAUGUUUCCCAAAGGGAGGCAGUGUGAUAUGCGUAGUGAGAGAAAAAAAGGUUAUCAGCUUAUGCUAUUUACUAGCUGACAGAGUACUUAUUUGAAAGUGUUUCUCCUUCAUGUACUGGAGAAAAAAGAUACUGACUUUAUUUAGCUCAGAAGAAUGUUGUGUGAAUCAAAUGCAGUAAUCAAUGUGACGCACUUGAGGAGCUGGAACGUGCUCUGUCAUGUUUAUCGUCACUUUGUAUUAACUUGGAGUUAUUGAAUAUAGAGAUGAAUUAAUGGAUGGAUCAAUUAGUAAAUUUAGGGUAAAGUUGAAUGAUUCAAAAAUUGUUGAAUAUGAAAAAUGGAGAAUGGUUUUAGUGCUUUGGACAAUUAGAUUGAAUGAUGUUUAAAGCUGGCAUUUAUGUUGAAAGCUAAAACCUAAAUUUAUGAAAAAUAUUUCUGAAACAUUGUUCACUAUGUACAGAUUUCUUCCAUCAUGUGUAAGUUCAGGGUUUUUAAAUAUUAACACUGCACUGGUACUUUAUAAACACUCUGUGCAUAAUGUUUUCAAAGAGGAGAAAUUUUAAAAACAUACUAUUUAUACCUCCCAAAUCCUGUUUCAGCAUAAAUUCCAUCCCUGGUUAUUUAUUGCUAGCCACAUUUUCAUAAAACCAAUCUUUAUUUCCUCAGAAUUCAUCUGUGCCACUAGUUUAUCCCCCACCUAAAGUCAUAAUUCUUUGUUAGUGACAUCCCGAUUGUUUGCUGGGUAAAUGAUUAUGAUGUUACAAACAAGAUUAUGACUUUAGUGGGGAAAUAACCAGCAGGCAUUGAUGAACUUUAAAGAAAUAAAGAUACUCCUUUUUUAAUGCAAAUGUGUUUCAUAGUUAAGAAAGGGGAGUGGAUAUUCUUAAUGUUCUCUGUAAAAUGACAGUUAUGUUAACAAUAAAAAUAUUUAAUUGA